AUGUCGAGCCUAAAAUCCAAGAAGAAUAAGCGAACCCGCACCCAGAGGUAUACCUCCAAUGUAUUUGCAAUGUUUAACCAGGCGCAAAUACAGGAAUUCAAAGAAGCAUUUAACAUGAUAGAUCAAAACAGAGAUGGUUAUAUUGAUCGAGAUGAUUUGAUAGAAAUGUAUACUUCAUUGGGCAAGGACCCUACAGAGGAUUCCAUGGACGCUAUGAUUAGUCAAGCACCAGGACCUAUUAAUUUUACCAUGUUUCUUACGUUAUUCGGUGAGAAAUUGAACGGUACCGAUCCUGAAGAUGUUAUAAAGAACGCUUUCGCUUGUUUUGAUGAGAAGAACACUGGGUUUAUUAGUGAAGAAUAUCUGAAGGAAUGCAUGAUGACAAUGGGAGAUAGAUGGAGUGAAGAUAUGGUGGAUGAAUUAUUUAACUGCUCUCCAAUUAUGGAGGGUAAAUUUGACUAUUUAGCAUUCACCAGAACUAUUAAACAUGGUUCGAAAGAAAAAGAUGACGAGGAUUCGAACCCACCUCCACAACAACCUCAACCCCAACCAUCUACGUCAUGAUCGCUUAGUGUACAUUAUUCUGAAAGAGACCAAAAGAGACGUGCGUGGAACAUAUCUUAAUCCUAUAUUUUAACUUUUUUGAUCAGAUGAGAAACAAUUUUAGCUUCACAACUAGUCAAGCCUAUUUCAACGAUUUCACUCUAUUCUGCUUAUCGCUAGCUAUUUAUUCUGCGGUUCUUUCUUUUGUUCUUGGAGGCAAAAAUUAUAACCUGUGGAACAGAGAAGUCGUUAAGUACAAUCUCUAAAGUAUACUUUUUUGUUUACAUGAUAAGUUGUUUUUCAAACAAGUUUUAUUUCCCGUUGGUUUUUAUCCGAAUCAAAUGUAUAAUGCAGUUAGGUUAUUUUGACAUACAAAAAUGCGGGAAAUUAUCGUCUGUGUAACGUAUGAUCAGUUGUGAUAAUGCCGUCUAAAUUGUAUGUAUUAUUGUUCUAACGUUUUCAUAUAUCAUGUGAUAAUUCAGUUUGUCUUGCAGUAAUUGUGUAAAAUGUUUUAUGAUGACAGUCGAACAUUGUGAAAGAUAACAUAUAUUUAACGUGGCGUAGAGACAGAUAUCUGACACAUUCACGUCACUCGGCAACCAAUCAGAGACAAGAUUUUAUCAUUUUUAUUCUGUAAGUAUAUAAUAUUGUAAUAAAUAUUU